AGGAAGGACCGUAGAGCUGACCGGACAGGACCGCAGUGCUCCUGAGCGUUUCUGGAGCAGAAGCUCUUCCCCCAGAGGGAGGGACGGGCCGGGCAGCAGGCACCAUGGAGCCCCCCUCGGCCCCUCCCCGACGAGGACGCGUCCCCUGGCAGGAGCUCCUGCUGGCAGUCUCACUCUUAACCUUCUGGAACCCGCCCACCACUGCCCAAGUCACUGUGGAAUCGGUGCCGCCCAAUGUUGCCGAAGGGAAGGAUGUUCUUCUGCGAGUCAACAGUCUGCCUGGGGAUCUUGUAGGUCUUAGCUGGUUCAAAGGGAAAAGUAUAGCGCCCAGGCGUCAAAUUGUAUCAUAUGUAGUAGAUACACAAGUAAUUAUCCCAGGGCCCGCACACAGCGGCAGAGAGACAAUAUACCCCAACGGAUCCCUGCUGUUCCAGAAUGUCACCCUGAAUGACACAGGGUACUACACCCUACAAACCGUGAAGAGAAAUGUUCAAGUUGAACAAGUAACAGGACAGCUGCGCGUAUUCCCAGGGUUACCCAAACCCAACAUCACAAGCAACAACUCCGACCCUGUGGAGAAUGUGGAUUCUGUUGUAUUAACGUGUGGACCUCAGACUCAGAGCGCAAGCUACCUGUGGUCAGUAAACAAUAAGAGCCUCCCGGCCAGCACCAGGUUAGAGCUCUCCCUGGACAACAGGACUCUCACUAUACGCCAUGUCACAAGGAAUGACACAGGACCCUAUGAGUGUGAAAUUCGGAACCCAGGGAGUGCCGGUCAUAGUGACCCAUUCACCCUGAAUGUUCUCUAUGGCCCAGAUGCCCCCACCAUUUCCCCCUCAGACUCCUAUCACCGUUCAGGGGCCAACCUCAGUCUCUCCUGCCACGCAGCCUCUAACCCGCCUGCACAGUAUUCUUGGUUUAUCAAUGGGAAACCCCAGCCGUUCACACAGAAGCUCUUUAUCCCCAACAUCACUGCGAAUGAUGGUGGAUCUUAUACCUGCCUCGCCUAUAACUCUGGCACUCGCCUCAAUAAGACCACAGUCAAGACUAUCACAGUCUCUGAGCCAAUAUCCAAGCCCUCUCUCCAUGCCAGCAACACCACAGUCACAGAAGAUAAGGACUCUGUGGUCCUGACCUGCUCCACAAAAAACGCUGGGGUCUCCAUCCACUGGUUCUUCAAUGGCCAGAGUCUAAAGCUCACAGAAAGGAUGAAGCUGUCCCAGGACAACAGGACCCUCACCAUAGACCCUGUCAGGAGGGAGGAUGCCGGGACUUACCAGUGUGAGGUCUCCAGCUGGGUCAGUUCCAGCAAAAGUGACCCCAUCAGGCUGGAUGUGAGCUAUGAAAGAAGCACCACAGGCCUCCCUGUGGGGUCCCUCAUUGGCAUUGCAGUCGGGGUCCUGGUCGGACUGGCACUGUAGUUCUGCCCUGGGAUGUCUCCUGUUCCGCACAGUUUUUUCAGAGUUCCGCAGAAAUUUCAAGACAGAUCAUCUCAAAAACAUACAAAUUCAUCCAUAGAGUAGAGAGGGAAUAUCCCCCAGCCAACUCAUUCUGAGGUUAAUAUAACCUUUAAGUUGAAAUAGGAAUAACAGAAAAAGUACAAAAAGAAGAAAAUAUCAGGCCUAUCAUACUCAUGAACAUAGAGGGAAAAUGCUAGACAAGGUAUUCUCAAACCAACUCCAACAGUACAUAGAAGAAGACAGUACGCCGUGACUAAGUUCCGAUUGUCCCAGCAAAGUAAGGUGAUUCAACAUUAGAAAUUUAUAAAUGGGGGCCACCUGGGUGGCUCAGUCGGUUAAGCAGCCGGCUCUUGAUUUUGGCUCAGGUCAUGAUCUCAGGGUCCUGGGAUUGCUCCCCAUGGCGGGCCUGAGCUCAGCAGGGAGUCUGCUUGAGGGUUUCUCUCCCUCUCCCACUGCCCCUCCCCUCUCUCAAACAAAUAAAUAAAUCUUAGAAAGAAAAGAAAUUUAUAAAUGGAAGAGGGCAGCAACUCGUAGGGUGCCAGCAAUGUUCUGUUUCCUGAUCUAGCUGCUAGAUACAUGGGUGUGUUCAAUUUUUGAAAACUCAGUAAGCAAAACGCUUCAUUCCGUAACAGUUCCCCUACGCCCUGAAUUUUUUUUCAUGAUAGAGACUCUUUGAAAAGACCAGAUCAGACAUGUUGUCCAGUAGAACGCCCACGUUCUGACUUUGUUUCCUUAUGGUGUCAUUUCACUAGCUUCUCUAAACCCUGUGUUCCCUAUAAUUUGGAAAAUGAAUCUCAAAUAUUAAAUAGUUUCAGGUUAUAUUUUGUGGCAAGAAUGCUUCCUCGGUUUUCUAUUGCAUCAUCACAAGAGGCACAUACGAACUUGUUGUCCAGACCUUAGGCCAGUGUAACGAUUUCAGUGACAUAAAAAUUGAUCAGUGGGCACAUUUUUUUAGGUUUUUUAAAAAAAAUUCCAGUUAGGGGGCGCCUGGGUGGCUCAGUGGUUCGGCGUCUGCCUUCGGCUCAGGUCAUGAUCCCAUGAUCCCUGAAGGUCCCCCUUCAUCGGGCU